UUCAUUGACAGCGGGAAAUCCGUCUCGAACGAGGUUGGUCAACGGUCAGGAUGGAAACAGAGCAGCAUUAGCAACAGAGACAGAACCUGGAUGAAUGCCUUGUGUGACUGGUCUCGUCACCGGAUGGUGAGUCUGGAACAAAGGAAGACAGCUGAGGAGAACGACAGCACUGUGAAAAGAGUUCGCAGUGGAUUUGUCAGAGGGUUGCAACCAGCAUCGACCGAGUCAAUAGUGCCGUCACAUCACAUUAAUUUGCAUUGGUCCAGGCAUCCACCGGGAUCAAGUGCCAACUCUCACUGCAGAUGGCAUGGCAUGGCGGUGGGAGUAGUGACCAGCCGCGUCAACACGAAGGAGGAACGAGUGGUGGAAGGGGUAGGACGGUGUAUCAUCUGGUGGUGGUGGUGGUGGUGGAAGAAUGAUCCCUUCCUCCUCCCCUCCACCAUCCCUCCAUUCCAUUCAUUCCAAUCCGUACCCUCGUCGCAUUACACCACCAACCCAUCAAGGCGGGAUAAAAUUCCCUCGUUGUCUCUUCUAGUCGACCGACAUACCUCCCUCGUCGUACCAACGACCUCAUCCAUGUAGAAAAUGCGGUCCUGUAUCCACGUACCUCCUACACCGUCCUCCGUACCUCGUGAAUACUGCCGUGUAUCCUCGACCUGCCUUGCAUUAUCUCCUUCCAUCUUGAGUAAAUAUUUCCUCCACCUGUGUAAACCAACCAUACCUCCCAUAUCUCCCUCG